AAAUACUGUGAACUUUGUACGGGUCUUGUCACUGAUAUUCUUGAACUGUCUCCUCUAUUGUGUUAUCAUUGUCGACAGUCGACCUUCUCUCUCAAUUGCUAGAGUCCUCGGUUUGUACAUAUGUGAAUAUAUGGAUGAUGGAUGGAUCAAAUACGAGACUUGGGGACUUGUUCAGAUUACUCGCCACAAAGAGACGACGUUUAGAGACUGCUUUGGAUGACUUUGAAACUUGGCGGCCGUUUGCUCAGCAGCCUUCUCAAGUCAGUGAUAUGUGGGCUGACAAUGAAAUGACUCCUUUUCAAACAUAUGUAGAGUGUACUUGGGAAUGCAUACAAUAUUACUGUUUUCGGCCUAGUGAAGGAACAGAAAGAACAUGCGACAGAUAUCAAAGACACGUUAGAGAUCUCUUCUUGUCAACUUUAACGGGAUAAUAGAAACAACUAUUUAGUGAUGGUUCACUUCCACGUUACACAUCCCAGCAAUGAAGGCGAUUUCCCACGGCUCAAACAGCUGCCAGUAUGCCAGGAGGUGUGUGCGGCGGUACAGACGGUGGCAGAGGAAUAAGGCUUAUACAAGACUCAGAGCAAUGGUGCCGUCUGUAGCAGAGCAGCAGAAAGUAUCAAAGGUGACGAUCGUGGAAGAAGCUGUUAAAUACAUCGACGUUCUCCACGAACGAUUCAUGAAGAGAUUUGGCGAUUCUGAAGACAUGGAGCACAUCAAACAGAUGAUUGUGACUUUAAUGGCUCAGAAAGCAGCAGAGGAUUCGACGCAGGACCAGCCGCAUUACGCACUUCCGGUUCAGACACCUGCACCCAAGGAUGUACUUCCGGUUGACAAGCGAGCACAAUAAGACAGGACGUGCAUUAUUUCGAGGAACAAAGCUCAUCUCGUGAUUUGCUCGAUCGUGUCAGAAGACGAACCAAAGACGAGUCUUAUCAUACUGUGCCAUAAUAAAGGUCGAUCAUCACCCGCUUACUGCCAAUUUGAAGAUUCGUUCGGGUGUUUAUGGUCUUACUUCUAGAACUGACAAUACGUUGCUUGAAUGACAAGGGCGUUAAUUUUGACACGUGAUCCGGAAGUGUGCAAUAUAAGACCAGAAAUGACCGGAUCGUGCCAAGGGCAGAUAACUGAAGUGGACAAUGCCUAACACGACCAGGAACAGCUUUACAGCUUUUGUGAUUAGGCUUUCUACCGCAUUAUUGUGAUAUUGUAAAUAGCAAGAUUUUAUACCACGAUUGUACAUGUUUAAAUAUUUAUGAUACCUUGAUAAUAAAAGCGUAAAUAACAGCUGUGCUAUUUA